AUGUCCAUCCGACAGACCUGGAUGCACUAUGCAAGCAGGCGAGAUGUGGGCAUGGCCUUUGUCCUUGGCCGCUCAGAGGAUUGGAAACUAAACAAGGCUCUUAAUAAGGAGAAUUAUAUGUAUGGCGAUAUGAUACGUGGACACUUCAUAGACUCGUACUUCAAUCUCACUCUAAAGACGAUAUCGUCGCUGGAAUGGGUAGAUGCGCACUGUCCUCAUGCGAAGUACAUCCUAAAGACCGACGACGAUAUGUUCAUUAAUGUUCCUAGACUGCUUGAAUUCAUAGACGGGCACAAGGAUAAGCGAACCAUAUAUGGUCGCGUGGUGGAUGGGCAGCAGUCUGAUCGAAGUAGCGAGCCCAAGUUCCCAAAGUAUGCCACCGGAGUAGCUUACCUCCUCACCGGAGACGUUGUACAUGAGCUUUACAUGCAAUCGCUCAGUUCUUCUUACUUUCCACAGGAGGAUAUCUUUAUCACGGGCAUAAUGGCCGAGAGAUUGAAUAUUACGUCCGCAACGCGAUUAGCAUCCACGAAAUCAAGCCACACGAACAGUACGAACUUUGGCGGAUACUUCUGA